AUGUCGAGAGCGUGCGGGCUGCUGGUUAAAAACGCAGCUCAGAUUGUUCAGGUUUGUGAUAAUGGAGCACAAUACAUGAGCAAAGGCGAGUUACAGAACAUUGCAGUCAUUCCCCGUGGGAGCAUAGUGAUCGGGAGAGAUGGCCUGAUUGAGGCAGUGGGGCCGACAGAGAUUAUCCAGGCCAAAUAUCAGGGAGUUACAUUUGACCAACAGAUCGAUGCUUGUGGAAUGUGUGUGCUGCCAGGUCUGGUGGAUGCACACACCCAUCCAGUGUGGGCGGGAGACAGGGUUCAUGAAUUUGCAAUGAAGCUGGCAGGGGCAUCGUACAUGGAGAUUCACAAUGCUGGAGGAGGGAUUCACUUUACUGUGGAACAUACAAGGAAGGCAUCAGAGGAGGAGCUGUUUGACAGUUUGAAAUGGCGACUGCUGUGUAUGAUGAGAGCUGGGACCACUCUGGCCGAGUGCAAAAGUGGCUAUGGUUUGAAUCUGGAAACUGAAACCAAAAUGCUUCGGGUGAUCGAGCGAGCUCGAAGGGAGCUCAAUAUUAGCAUCUCCUCCACUUAUUGUGGUGCUCAUUCUGUCCCGAGAGGGAAGACUGCAGGAGAAACUGUGGAUGAUAUCAUUCGAGUUCAACUCCCUAAAUUGAAGGAGAUGAUGGCGAAUAGUGAAUUUCACAUCGAUAACAUUGAUGUUUUCUGUGAAAGAGGAGUCUUUGACCUGGAUUCCACCAGAGCUAUAUUACAGGCUGGGAAAGAGGCAAAUCUCCAGAUUAAUUUUCAUGGUGAUGAGCUUCAUCCAAUGCACGCAGCAGAGCUUGGUGUAGAACUUGGUGCUCUCGCUAUAAGUCACUUAGAGGAAGUGAGCAAUGCUGGAAUUGCCGCCAUGGCGACUGCGAAAUCAGCUGCUGUGCUUCUCCCGAGCACUGCUUACAUAUUGAGGCUUAAAACGCCACGAGCUCGAGACAUGCUUGAUGCUGGAGUGAUUGUUGCUCUUGGCAGUGACUUUAAUCCUAAUGCAUAUUGUUUCUGUAUGCCAAUGAUCAUGCACAUGGCAUGUGUAAACAUGAAGAUGACAAUGGCUGAGAGCCUGGCAGCUGCCACCAUCAACGCAGCCUAUGCCCUCGGAAAAUCUCAUUCUCAUGGUUCCCUGGAGGUAGGGAAACAAGGAGAUCUCCUCAUCAUUAAUGCAUCAAGGUGGGAGCACUUGAUCUAUCAGUUUGGAGGCCAUCAGGAACUAAUCAAGUAUGUAAUUACCAAAGGAAAGAUUGUAUAUGAAAAUGAAAACUGCCUGAGUUACUAA